GGCUGUGUUAGUGUGAGCGUGUGAUACAGUUUACCACCCAUGGCACCAUUACCUCAACCCUACUAGUAGUUAAUUGGUUUGUUAGCCCUAAGUCCUGAAGGGGAGAGAUACCAUUUAACUUUGGCAAUGGCCGAAAGACAACUUGAAGAAACUAAAGUGCCACUACCUGUGACUACCAUCUCUACCAUUGCCAUACAGGCUGGAGAAGCCAAAAUUGUUAUAGCCAUCUUAAGAUCGUCAGAAUGGGUACGUGUGCGAGUACAAGAAAUGACUCCUGUCAUGGUGGAAGUUGGCCACAACUUAGACGAGGCCCUCCGCCUACGACAGCAACAUCAGGAUUUGCUGCAUCAGCUUACGGCAAAGCAGCAGCAAAUCAAUGCCCUUCUUACCCAAGCAGACACAUUAAUUGCAUCACAGCAAACUUACAGUGAAGUUUAUGAAGCCAUGGCAGAAUCUUUAGGUGAAGCCUGGAAAGAUCUCAAUGCACAGCUAGAAGACAGAAGAACACUGCUGGAUCAGUCAGUUGCCUUCCAUCAAAGUGCUCAAGAGUUCUCUGAGCGAAUGGACAAGGCUCUAGAAGAUUUCAGCAGCAUAGCUGUUGCCCAGGAUAUUCCUACUGCCCAAAGUCUACUACAAAAACAUCUUGAACUCAAGAAAAGUAUACUUGAGGCUUCGAUGCAUACAUUAAACAAAGGACAAGCUCUAUUGGACAGAAUCAAAGAAGUCGGUAAUCUAAUGGACCCCCGAUACCAACAUGCAACUACGGCGGCUUGCUACGGUAUUGAGAGGGUCAUGGAAGAACUUCAUGAUCGUCGACGACUACUUGAGGAACUGUGGCUGAGACGCAAACUUAAACUUGAACAAUGUCUACUUCUCUGUGAACUUAGUAUUGAAGUUGAAGAUAUUUCAAACUGGUUUAAGAGUAAGGGAGAAGCAUAUAUGAAGAGAACAGACAUUGGUGAUUCGUUGGAAGCCACAGAAAAACUCAUCAAAGAACAUGCUGAAUUUGAAGAAUCAGCAAUGGAGAUUCAAAUAAAUGUUCAGCGUCUCCUCCGUGCUGCAGAUAAAGUUGCUUCUACGGGUGCUGAAGACACUGAACAAGUCCAGGAACAAACUAGAGCCAUUGAAACAUUAUGUCAAACCUUUGUCCAUAAAUUGGAACUUCGUCGUAAGCUGCUGCAGAUGACUGCUGCAUUUUACCGGAAUGCCCAAACGGCAUUGGGUGAAUUGAACCAAAUUGAAGUGCAAUUACAGGGUACUGAUGUACCUGAAGACAGUCCAGAACUCGCUGAGAAACAUAGUCGUCUUGAACGUUCUAUUAAUGAAAUCUCAGCCCCUGUGUUACGAGAGGGACAUCUUUUGCUUGAGAGGGUCGGCAGAGAUGUUCCCAGUAGCGAGGGGGUGAGUGAAGUUGUAGAAAUUCUAGAGGCUAAAGUGUCUCAGCUGAGGUCUGCUUGUACGGCACACAAAGAAGCCGAGGCGAAGGCAAGGAGCGCCAUUUACGUGCAAUUUGAAGAGAAAUAUUCAGUAUUAAUUAUGUGGAUGGUAAAUGUGGGUGAAGCCUUCCUAUCGUCUCGCAACAACCCAGGAACACAACUCUCCAAUGUGACAGACUUUUUGGAAGAACAUGAACAACUUGAAGAAGACAUAAGGGAUAAGGAAGAAGAGGUUGAGGCUGUCCUUCAGUCUGUGACCGAACUGGUUAAAUCAGGGGACCAGGACGCACAGACUGUUGAGGACAAAGUCCAACAACUUAAACAACAAUGGACCCGACUAACUAUAACUGUUGAAACUCGUAUCAAAAUAACUCUCACACUUGUUGAAGUUUAUAAGCUUGCCAAGCAGCUCAACAAUGCAAUGGACAGCAUUGAUGAAAUACUUCAGUCCACUGAGGGCCAAGACUUGCAGAAUAUUCCAGAAGCUACAGUUACACAUUGGAAGCAGAAAUGGACAGAAAUGAUAGAAACUUAUACACAAUAUGAAACUAAAGCUAAUACAUUCCUGAGUGAAGCUAAAUUAAUCCGUGAUGAUCCAAACUUGGAUAUCCAUGGUGCCAUUAGUCACGUAGAAACCAUGCUGAAGGAUUUCCGUGAUCGUAAAAAUGCUUUAUCAAAUUCAUUUGACUCCUGGCAGAUACGUUUGUCUGCCAGUAAAGACUUUAAAAUUCAAUGGGAACAAUUCGUCAAAGAUGCCAGAAAAACCAUAGAGUGGGUGAUGAAUACAGAAGCCGAGUUUUUUCCACAAAUAGCAGGUGAACUUGGUGACUCACUAACAGAAGCCAAUGAAAGACAGAAUAAAUUGUCUGAAUUCCAGCUGACAGUUAAGAAAAUUAAUCAAGAGAUUGAGGAGAGAGUGAAGACAGCCGAGAUGUUAGCUUUAAAAGGAGACACGCACGGCGAGAAAGAUUUGAUUGUCAAUGAAUUGGUUAAAGUUCAUCAACGAUUCCAAGCAAGACUCAAUGAGUACCAGAUACUGCUUACAAUGACAAUCAGUUUCUAUAAAAGUGUUACCACGUUGACUGAGUUUAUGGAGAAAGUAGAAGUUGAAUACAGGAGGACAGAUUUACCUACUCAUGUUUCUGAAGCUAAGAUAAUGCUACAACAACAUGACCAGGAUAAAGAUGAACUCUCAGAUCUCUUCAGAUCAACAAUAAGCACCGGUUCUGAGAUUGUAACCAGAGUUAGGCAAUACGAUCCUGUACUGGCUGCUAAGCAGGGAGUGGAAUCAGUUCUUCAACAGACACAAGUUCGUAAGCAGAAAUGGAUGGAUGAUUACAGACAAUACAAAGACAGGUUACAGCAACACAUUCUGCUUUGUCAAUUUGACCAGGAUAGACAACAGUUGAUGUCAAAGUUACAGUUGACACAACAGAAUUUACAAGGUCUACAUGGUCAGUAUGGCGAUUCUGUGCAUACUGUUACACUACUUAUUGAGAAAUUUGACGAAUGGCUAAUCACAAUCAGGCCUGUUAGAGAAGCUUAUGAAAACUUCAUCAGUACAGCUAACAUCAUGCUGAGUAGCAACCACUAUGCUAGUGAUGAAAUCAGAAAAGAUAUAGCGAAGAUGGAGAAGUUCUGGAAUGAACUAAAUGUUCAGAUUGAGGACUACACCACAAAGUUAAAACUCUCAAUAGAGUAUCAUCAACUCAUAGAACAGUGUAUUGAAUUUCAGAAAGAAGCUAAUAAGUUUUUAGUUCUCAUCGGAAAGCGAUCUUCUGAGGCACAAAGUCAAGAUGAAGCACAUAAGCUAUUAGAUGAAUUUGAAAAGUUUUUGAAAAAUUAUGAAAGUAAGCAGCAAAUUCAACUGAAGAGGAUCAGUGAAUUGGCGAUACAAAUCUACGGAGAUGAAGCUCCAAAGAAGACAGAAUAUGUAAUAACACCAAAUAAACAAAUCAGGGAAUCCUUUAACUUAGUUGAAGAUGAGCUAUUUUCAUUAGCAGAGAAAUUACCAGAACAGAGACCUGAGCAACCAGUGAAAGAAGAUGACCAAGUUGAUGAUGUUGAAAUGGAGGAAGUGACAGAAGAGAUUACCACAAAGGUGAUAGAGGAAGUAAGAGUAACACGCAAAGAGACGGUAACUACAAGUCAUGAAAUGAGAAUGGACACUGAUGAAGGUGAUGGCGGCACACCACCAACAUUUACAGCUCCAUUAGACAGUCAAGCAGUACCUGAGGGUGCUAUUACAAGAUUGACUUGUAAGUUACAAGGUGAACCACGUCCAGCAGUACGAUGGCUACGAGAUGGCCAACCUAUUGUAGAAGGAGUGGAUACUCACGUAGAAUACAAUGAAGACGGUACAUGUACUCUGACACUUCCUAGUGUUUCAUCAUAUUACAGUGGAUUGUAUAGUUGUAAAGCUGUCAAUAUACAUGGAGAAGCUACAUGUACAGCAACACUCAAUAUACAUGCUCCACAAGAAACAGCAAUGGAAUUGGAACCAGCUCAGGCUCCUCAGUUCAUUCGUCCCCUACAAAGUAGUACAGUUAAUGAAGGCGAUAGAGUAACGUUAGAAGUGCAAGUUACAGGCAAACCGCAACCAGCUGUCACAUGGCUGAAAAAUGGCCAGGACGUGCGUAGUGCACCGUAUGAUAUCAAACAAGAUGGUGAUAGGCAUUGUCUAAUCAUUGAUGAAGUAUUUUCUGAAGACCAAGCUACAUUUUCAUGUACAGCUACGAAUACUGCAGGUCAAGCGACUUGCAGUGCAAAUCUCAAUGUAUUAGAGCAAGGCGAACCACCUGAGUUUGUUCGUCAACUAAAAAGUGCAGAAGUACCAGAAGGAAGCAGAUUCCAGUUUGAAUGUCAAAUUAAAGGAUAUCCUAUACCAGUUGUGAGUUGGUACAAAGAUGGAAUAUCAGUCGCAAAUAAUCCCGAUUAUGAAGUAGCGUAUAACAACGGUGUUUGUACGUUAGUUAUUGAGGAAGUCUUUUCAGAGGACACAGCUCGGUGGACUUGUAAGGCUAUGAAUGGUGUAGGUAUUGCAACCACCUCAGCAUUCCUAAAUGUCAGAGAAACAUCAGAAGUGAAAGAAAUAGUAAGCAUUCCACCUGAGUUUAGCAGGAAACUUGACACGACUGAAGUCACUGAAGGUUUACCCUGCAAGUUACAAUGUGUGGUAUCAGGAAAACCAACACCGUCAAUCCAAUGGUAUAAAGAUGGUAAACCAGUCACCCAUUCUCCGGACUAUCACAUUAUGUUCAGAGAAGGGUUAUGUACUCUUAGUAUUGAUGAAGCUUUUCUUGAAGAUGAAGGACAUUACACAUGUAAAGCAGUCAAUCCAAGAGGAGAAUGUAAUACCACAGCUAGACUGGUUGUUAGGGGUCUACCUGAGGAUAGACAUCCUGAAGCCCCAACAUUUAAAUCAUUCCUUAAAGACUUAAAAGCUUUAGAAGGUGAAAAAGUGCAAUUUGAGUGUCGUGUUGAAGCCACGCCUGAACCUACUGUCAAUUGGUUUCAUAAUGAUCGACCUGUACAGGAAUCGCAAGACAUCAAGAUUCUGUCCCAGAAAGCGGAACAUUCCUUAGUGAUUCGUGAAGCCUUACCCGAGGAUUCCGGAGUCUACAAAGUAGUUGCUAAAAACAAUCUGGGAGAAGACAGCAGUCAGGCAAGGUUAACUGUAGAGGAACCUUUUACUACAGAUUCAGAUAUGGAACAAGUACCACCAACUUUUAUCCAGCCAUUACGAGAUCAAGAAUUCGUUGAAGGGAAAAGAGCCAGAUUGGAUUGUAUUAUUGUGGGUACUCCAGAACCAGAGGUUAUUUGGUACUUCAAUGAGAAACCUGUGAGGGAAUCUGAAGAUUUCAAAUUAAUCUUUGAAGGAGAUAAAUGUACAUUGAUGAUCACUAAAGUGUACCUUGAAGACAGUGGUACCUACAGAUGUAUGGCAAGGAAUCCACAUGGCACAGUGUCAAGUACUUGUAAACUUACAGUUAUCAGUUUGAGCGAAAUUAGUAGUGCUGAAGAAGAAUCCAUAUCACCAUCAUUCAUACAAAGAUUACAUGAUACGUCAAUGCACGAAGGAGGAACGAUACGUCUAGAGUGUAGGAUAUCUGGAACACCAAUACCAUCAGUGAAAUGGUAUAAGAAUGACCUUGCUAUCAUGCCCAGCUCUCAUGUACAACUGUACAUUGAUGGAGACAAGAGAGGAUUGGUUAUCACAAAUAUUAGACCGUCAGAUGCCGGUACAUAUAAAAUAUCACUCUGUAAUGUGGCCGGUGCUGCCUGGUGCUCUGCGAGAUUGAUUUUAGAAGCACCAAGAACAGCAGCCCAUGCUCCUAAGGUCUCUAAAAUGCUACAUGAUAUCUACUGUAAAGAAGGUGAGAGAGUGAGAUUUGAUUGCCAUGUGACUGGUUUCCCUAGACCAGCUGUUUCCUGGUACAGAGAAGGUGCACUUAUUGAAGAUUCUGGUGACUUCAAGAUUGACGUUGAAGGUGACAUGCACUCCCUUAUCAUACGUGAAGUUUUUCCAGAAGAUGCUGGUAGCUUUUUGAUGCGAGCUAGCAACCCUAUAGGUGAGACCACCUGCAGAGCUCACUUAUUUGUUGAAGGUGCCAAACCCCCAGCAACUGCCCCCCAGUUUUUAAAGAAAUUUACGGACCUACGUGUCAUGGAAGGUGGCGCUUGUAGAUUUGAAUGCAGAGUGAUCGGUGAACCAUAUCCAAAAGUAUCCUGGUUCAUGGAUAAUGAACCAGUUGUUUCUGGUGACUACCAAAUCAUAACAUCUGGUGACCACCAUGCACUGAUCAUUGCGGAAGUGUUUGAUGAAGAGCGGGAAGAUUCACGUGUCGUGCUGUUAACGCUGCUGGCGAGGCUUUCUGUGCUGCAACAUUAUUUGUUGAGCAAUCUCUUGGUUUUGGAGUGUUCUUACUUCGAUAGGCUCACUUUAAGGUACCAGUUAACUACAUCUAAGUAUCUGAGGACAACCAUCAUGUCCCAAGCAGAAGAGACUGAAGAAGAUGUGGCGCCACAGUUUACUAAAACUAUCGAGAGUCAAUCUGUCCUUGAAGGAAAGGAGGUUCACUUUGAGGCAGUUGUUACAGGUACCCCUGAGCCAAGCAUUAAAUGGUAUGGACAGGGUAUAGAAUUCAAGGAAUCCCCAGACUAUAUCAUUAAAUAUGAGAAUGGAGUCUGUACCUUGCGCAUACCUGAAGCAUUUGAUGAAGAUGCAGGCAAAAUAACCUGUGAAGCCACCAAUUCUGCAGGCUCAGCUGAGACGCAUGCUGAGCUUGUAGUAAGAGGUGCAACUGAGGCGCCAGAGUUCACGCACCGCUUACACAGCCGUGAGGUAAGAGAAGGAAGGCCAGUACGUCUUGAAUGUAAACUUCAAGGACAACCUAAACCAGACGUAACCUGGCUUUUGAAUCACAAGAAGAUAGAAUCGUCGCCACCACACAGGACGAUUUCAAGACAAGCAGACCUAUGUAUUUUAAUAAUAUCUUCAGCCAAAGAUGAGGACACAGGCACAUACACAAUAUCUGCAGAAAAUACUGCUGGUGUGGCUGAGUGUUCUGCUGAGGUUGCAGUCAAAAAAGAGUCAUCUUCUUCUGAAGAAAGUCCACCAGAAGAAGACCAGAAACCAAAGACCGAAGUGAAAACAACAACUGAGGUCACCAAAGUAACUACGACGAGAACAACUACAACUGAGAAGGAUGUAGAUAAGAUUAAACCUGUAUCAGCACCUGUAAUAGAGGCGCAACCUAUACCACCAGAUGUUCCUGGAAGAGCUCCUCCAGUGUUUACACAGCCAUUGGGAGAUGUGGUUGCUUCCGAGGGUGACUCUGUGAAAUUGCAGUGUAUUAUCAGAGGUGAGCCUGCUCCCCAAAUACGCUGGUAUCGUGAAGGAGCCCUCAUUGAACCAUCCAUGGACUUUGACAUUCAACAGAAAGGAGAUAUGCACACAUUGAAUAUUCCAGAGGUGUUCUUAGAUGAUGCUGGAAGAUUCAAGUGCACAGCCACUAACUCUUCAGGUAGUAAAUCCACUACUUGCGUCCUGAAAGUACGAGAUAAGGAAUUGCCACCAUUGAAAUUGACUCCAGCUGCACCUCCAUUACCUGCUGAUCAGGUGAUGAUAGAUGUUAAGGAUGCUACAGCUCCUGAAGUCAUUAAACCAAUGGUACCUACUAAAUUUGUUGAAGGUGGUCAAGCAUGUCUGGAAUGUAAAUUUAAAGCGCAUCCCAUUCCAGAGAUAACAUGGAGUAAAGAUGGUAUUCCUUUGAGGACAGGUUACAGGUUAAAUGUAAAAUAUAAUGAACAGUAUGGUAUUGCUCAGUUGUUUAUUACAAUGUUACUGGAAGAAGAUAUUGGAGAAUACACUUGUACUGCUACCAAUAUGUCUGGUCAAACUACAUGUAAAGCUCCCAUACUAUCUGAAAGUCAAUAUGAUAUUUGGCUGCAACAGGAACAAAAACGCAAGCAAGAAGAGUAUGAGAAACGCCAUCGUGCAUCAGUUACCAAAGAACUUGAAGACAGAUUACAGCAGAGGCAAGAUGGUUAUUCUCCUAGGAGAAUGACGCCUAUGUCUCCAAGCGCUGAGAAACUGCAGCGUUUAUAUGACAGUGGAAGCGAUGUUGAUAGUGCUAUCUAUGGGGAUCAGGAUUUUAAAACUCCUGCAUUUGAGAAACGACUUUAUCAAGAGAUAUCUUAUCGUGAGAAGAAACCAUCAUCUGACGUUGAAGCUGAUAGAUCUAUUUCCGAGGACUUGAAAACGCCAAGCUUCGAAGAUCGUCUUCAACAUGAAAUCUCAUUCCGUGAAACCAAACCUGAUACUGGUACAGAGACUGAGCUAACCGAGUCUGAAAUGGAUGUAAGUGACAUUCCCUUGGACCAGGCUAGAGCACCUGAGUUUGUUAAAGAACUGAAAAGCUUCAAGCUGUUAGAAGGAGGCUCGGCAUCGCUUACUUGCAGAGUUGAUGGCUACCCAAAGCCUAAAGUACAAUGGUACAAGGAUGGACAGAUAAUCCAUAAAUCCACAAGAUAUGACAUACGUUAUACUGAGGGAUUUUGUUCACUACGCAUCAAUAUGUCUUUACCAGAAGAUAGUGGUACAUACAUGGUGCUAGCAAUGAACAUUGCUGGACGUGCCAAGACUGUAGGACGACUCCUUGUUGAACCUGCUGGUGUCAGCGAAGAAUCAGAGCACAUGAGAGGCCGCAUGGCUUUAAUGGUCAAACGGGAUACCACACCAUACAGAACACCAGAUAGAGGACCCCAAGAGAGCGAAGUGAAAGAGAAACACAUCCGUCCAAACUUCCGUGAAGUACCUCGUGAUCUCCACAUUCGUGAAGGCCAGAUAGCUCGCUUCAACUGCCGUCUAACUGGACGCCCACCACCGGAUUUGGAAUGGUACUUAGAUGGUAACCGGGUCGCUAGUGAUGCUACACAUAAAGUCAUUGUUAAUGAGGGUGGCGUUCACGCUUUGUUGAUUACUUAUGCUGUGCCAUCAGAUACUGGAACAUAUACAUGUGUUGCAAAGAAUAGAGCCGGUGAAGCUCAAUUUACUGUCACGCUUGAAGUUGAUCCUAAGCUUAGCAAAGUAGCUCCACAGUUCUUGGAGCGAAUCCAGAACACACAGGUAAAGGAAGGACAACCAGUGGAAUUCAGAUGUGAAGUUAGUGGUACACCAACACCACAAGUCAGUUGGAAGAAAGAUGGGCAUUACAUCACAAGAGGAAAGACACCAUACAGGAUGGAAGGUUUAGAUGGUGUCCAUACUUUAACAAUUGAUAAAUGUACACGAUUUGACAGUGCAUGGUACACUUGUACAGCUUUCAAUACUGGAGGAAGAGUCGCUUGUCGUGCUAAACUUAAUGUGUCAGUGGAGAAACAUGAACGUGGUCCCUCUGAAGAGAGAAAUUUCACUAUUCCCAAGCGAGAGAAGCCAACUGAACUUCCUCCGAUUGAGCAUACAGUACCCAGCUAUGUACAACCAGAGACAUACUCUGAUGAUGAGAUGUACCAGACUGAGAAAGUCCAAUCACCAGAAUUCAAGAGAAAGAUUGCUAACAUCAGACUUAAGGAAGGUGAAGAUGCACAUUUUGAAGGCCGUAUUCUACCUCUUGGUGAUCCAUCCAUGAAAAUUGAAUGGUUUAAGAACAAUGAGCCAAUACCACAAGGAUCUCGUUUCAAGACAACCUAUGAGUUUGGAUUUGUUGCCUUGGACAUUGCAUAUGUUUAUGAGGAAGACUCUGGAACUUAUUCUUGUAGAGCAACAAAUAUUUCCGGUUCUGAUACCAUGUCUGCUGAGUUGAAGUGCAAAGCCAAAACAUCCCUUAUCACAGUAAGCCAGUUGCCAGAAGAAAUGAGAGGAAUUGAAAGAACCAUUGAGUUUGAAGAAGCCAUUAAAAAGGGUCUUAUCAAGGCACCUGAGGAUAUGGAUGAAGAUGAUGAAGAAGCAGCACCUCCAGAACUUGUGAAGUUACCAGAAGCUUUGCAUGUUCAAGAAGGAGAACAAGCUCGGUUUUCAGCCCGUGUUACUGGCAAUCCAUUGCCACGUGUACAUUGGUAUAAGGAUGGAGAGAUGAUUCAUAAGAGUACGCGUUAUAAGGUAGAUUUUGAUGGUCUGCACUAUUUUGAAAUCCCGAAAACUCGGCAUUAUGAUUCUGGUGAUAUCAAAGUGGUUGCCAAGAACAAAUAUGGCGAGGUGUCUCAUACUACCCGACUGGAUAUUUCCAGGAGAGAAGGAUAUGGUGUGCAUCUCAAACAUCACAAGAUGAUGCCCAAGGUUGUAUCAAGACAUGAACCUGUUAGUGUUGAACUGAAAAAAGCUUUCAAGGACAAACGCUGUGUACCAACUCAUGGAAUAGGUGCUCAGCUGAAAACCAUCCCCAAAAGUGAAAGAGUUGAAGUUUCAAGUGAACUUGGAAAGAAAUUUGAAAGAGCUAAGACUACAGCAAUGGAAACCACUUAUAAAAUGGAAAAAGAUCAACAAGUUAGAAAAGAGAAAUUACCUGCUACCAGAUUAACGCCAAAAGGUGAGCCUAAGCGUGUGGCGAUAAGAGAACCUCCGAAGCAAGAAACUCCUAAACCAAGUGAAGAUGCAGUUUCGAAGAAAACUGUAACAUUACAAACCCAACCACCGUAUUUUGUAAUGAAACUGAGUGACAAUGACAUGAUUGAGGGUCAAACAGUACGAUUUGAUAUUAAGUUUGAGGGUGUUCCUGAGCCUGAAGUGACGUGGUAUCGGGAAGGCACCGAGAUUCAGUCUUCUGAUAAAUAUCAUAUACAGAAGGCAUCGAAUUACAGUUCACUUAUCAUCCCUGAAGUAUUUGUAGGUGAUGCAGGUGUCAUCACUGUGCAGCUUGUUAGCGAUUCUGGCACUGCAACCUGUUCAGCAAGACUCACUGUACAAGAUCGAGCAGAAUCUCCAGAACCAUCAGAGAAGAUUGCACCAACCUUUACCAGUAAUUUGAAAGGUAUUACCAUCAAAGCAGGAGAACCAGCAAAGUUCACUGUGUUCAUUGAAGGUUCCCCAAGACCUAAAGUUACAUGGUACAAGAGUGGUGUUAAGAUCUUCCCUGGUCUACGUUUCAAGAUGUUGGAAGAAGGCAAAGAGUAUACUCUUCUUAUCAUUCAAUCUGAAUCUGAGGACUCUGCCACUUAUACAUGCGAGGCUGUCAACGCUGCUGGCAGAAUGACUGCAAAGGCUGAACUCGUUGUUGAACCUCGUACUCCAGGAAUCUCUGAAGUAGAAUCUGAAACUGAGUCUAUGAGAGCUGAAUUUAAAGCCCCUUCGAUGAGGAUUACUUUGAAGGACUUCUCCACCAGAGAAGGUGCACCAGCAAUCUUUGAAUGCAGUGUCACAGGUAGACCAGAUCCAGUCAUCACAUGGUACCUGAACAAGGCAAUUAUCAAGCCUUCCAAGUUCUUCCAAAUGUCCUACAAAGAUGGAUUGGCGAGGCUGCACAUUACGGAAGCCUUCCCAGAGGAUGAAGGCACAUAUACAUGUGAAGCGUCGAACCCACAGGGUUCAGUUUCAUCAUCAGCCAUGUUAAAAGUGGAAGUUGAGGAAAGUGGGUCUGAAGCUGUUGACAGAGCAGUACCCCCUAGGUUUUACCGGAAGAUUACAAACUGUGAUGUGGUGGAAGGAAAUACUGCCCGAUUUGACUGUAAAGUUCUUGGUAGACCCCCUCCUGAAAUUACCUGGUACAGAGAAGGGCAUGAAAUCAGAAGCUCACCAGACUUCAGGGUUAUACAUGGAGCCCGUGGAAUGUGUUCACUCUUGAUCCAGGAAGCAUUCCCAGAAGAUGCUGGCAAAUUUACAGUGAAGGCUGUAAAUGCUGCCGGUGAGGUCACCUGUAGUGCUCGGCUCAGCUGCGAAGUUGAUGCUAGUUAUGCAACCAUGCCAACCACAAGUAUCAGCGAGUCCUAUGGUGAGAUUAGUGAGGCAUAUAGUGCUGAUAAAGAAAUGGCAUCUGAUGUUGACAUUGACUUAGAUGAAAUGUUACCUUAUGAUGGAAUACUAGUCAAACCAUUUGAACCAGUGAAGAAGGAAUUCGAACCUCCAAAGACAAUGGAGAUUGUCCGUGAACAUCGCGAAGGUGGCGACAUCAUUGUAUCACGUGCUACAAAACAGACAAGUGCACUAACUACCAAGACGAUUUAUGAAGGUGAUAAAGUGAUACAGGUAGCUGAGCAGCGAAACCCACCAGCGUUCACAAACUACAUCAACCACUGCAGAGUAUUCGAAGGUGAACCAGCUAAGUUUGAAGUCCAGGUGACAGGAACCCCCAAACCUGAUAUCAAAUGGUACAGAAAUGGCUUUGAAAUUAAACCAUCAGCUGAUUUCCAAGUCAUGACCAAGUCGGAUGGGACCAGUCAAUUAAUCAUUCCAGAGACGUAUUUAGAUGAUGCUGGCAAGAUUACGUGUAAAGCAGAGAACGCCGCUGGACUUGCUUCAUGUACUGCCAAACUGAUAGUAGAAGCACUUCCAAGUGAUACUGAGCAAAUGAUGCACAGUUCUCUGAUGGUAGCAUCUGAAGAGUAUACAUCAGAUCUGGAGAUCCAGAUUGAACCACGUAUACGUACAAUAAGAUCAUCUGUAUUACCAGAACCACCAGUGUUUACAUCCUACCUGACAAAUGUUGAAGCCACUGAAGGAGGAACAGCAGUCUUUGAAGUCCAUCUUACUGGAGUACCAAGACCAAGUGUACGGUGGUUUAAACGUGGUCAGGAGAUACGUGGUGAUGGUAGACGUAUUACGAUAGAGUUUAGAACCGAUGGAAGAUGUCGGUUAAUUAUUCGUAAUGUAAGACAAGAGGAUGAUGCCGAAUACAUGGUGAGAGCAUCUAAUGCUGCUGGGGAAUCAUCAUGUAUUGCAAGGCUACUUGUAAGAGUGGACUCUGCACUUGACAGCGAUGCUAGCGAGUCCAGGAGGAUGAGAAUCCGUAUAGGUGUGGAUCAGGGUAUACCAAUUACUCAUAUGAGACACACAUUCAGACCUGCCAGACCACCAAGAACAACUAGACCUUUUAUAACCAGACUUAUAAGUAGUAGUGAAGAUGAGUCAGAGAGGCAGGUCUACUUUGAUGUCUAUGCAUCCGAUCAUGAAAGUGAUAUUGAAGAAUUUAGAAAAAUCACUAAAACUACUACUACUAGAACUGUUACCGAAACUGUCACAGAAGAAGUAGAAACUCCAUCUCACAGAUAUCAGCGAUCAUAUGCAUCUUUAUCUGGAGAUGAACAGCCUAUCACAAUUGAACUUGAGGUGCCUUCUGAUGCUGAAGCACCAGCGUUUUCAGAGGUAUUUACAGAAUCUCGUGUCAAAGAGGGAAGCUCUGCACGUUUUGACUGCAAAGUGACAGGAACACCACUUCCCUCUGUGAAGUGGUAUCGAAACAAUUUAGAAAUACAGGACUCACCUGAUUUCCAAUACAUUACUGAUGGUGAGAAUGUGUCGUUGCUGAUCAGUGAAACCUUCCCAGAUGAUACUGGUGAAUAUACAUGUAAAGCUAGCAAUCAAGUUGGGUUGGCAUCCUGUACUGCCAAGCUUCUUGUUGAUGGUUUUGGUGAAGUUGACAGAAAGCCUGAACUUAAACCAGUACUAAAGCUUAGUCCUGAAAAGAGGACAUCUCCAAAGAAGAGAGUUGAAUUAGUUAUGAAACCAGAGGUUCAAACCACAGAGAGAAGAAGAUCUCCUCCUUCAAGAAGACCUGCUCCCAAGAGCCCAGAACCUGCAACAAAAGUGGAAACUAAAAAGACAGUCAUGAUUAAGAAAACUGAACCUGUUAAAAAGAAAACACAUUCACCUAAAUUUUCUAAUGAGCUGUUAGACAUUGAAGUCCUUGAAGGUUCCAUUGCUAGACUACAUUGUCAGGUGUCAGGCACUCCUUUACCACGAGUAACAUGGUACAAGGAUGGAAAACCAAUUAAAUCAGAUGGUCGUCAUUUGAUUAGGGAAGACAACUAUGGCAAUUGCAUGUUGGAGAUCAGAGACAUUCAUAGUGAUGAUGAGAGCGAGUAUGAAUGUAGAGCUGUUAAUGCAGCCAGAGAACAGUCAUCUAGUUUUGCUGACAUAACUGUUAAAAGAAGACCUAAACCAAAAGUUGUUCCUCCAAAAAAGCGACAAGACAAGCCAGUUGCUCCAGCAGGGUCACAGGCACCAGUAUUUACAAGACAAAUGUCUGACAUUGAGAUUCAAGAGAAUUCCACUGCUAUAUUUGAUUGCCAAGUCACUGGAAUACCUAGACCAGUUGUUAAAUGGUAUAGGGAUGGUCGUGAAAUCCGCCCAAGCCCUACUGUCAAAAUGUUGCAUGCACCUAAUGGAAGAUGUACUUUAACAAUAGAACAAGUCACUGAUGAAGAUGAUGCUGAAUACAUGUGUAGAGCUGUUAAUCCAGCAGGCAAAGCUAUUUGUUUUGCUGAUCUAAUUGUUGAAGUUGUUGCAGAAUUUCAAAGGCCACAACAAGAAUUUUUCCCAGAUCUGCCACCGGUUACUAUGAUUCCUGAGCUUCCGGAGGAAGAGGAAGAAGAGGAAGCUUUGUCUCGUGCUGAGGAAUUGGCUGCAUCUCCUAAACCAGUCCAAGAACCGACUGUUGCUUUAAAAGCUCCACAACCAGUGAUAGAAAAACCUCCACCAGCUUCACCACCACCAACACCUGUGACACCAACCAUAGUUUCUGAACUGAAAGAUGUUCAUCUCACAGCUGGUGAAAUCGCUUGCAUUGAAGGUUAUGUAUAUGGUGUACCCAAACCAACAAUUCAGUGGUUCAAAGAUGGUGAACGGGUAACUGGGAAGAGGUUCACAAGUCUUUUAGAACUUGAUGGUCACUGCAUGCUAAUUAUAUCUCCGCUGUUGUCAGAUGAUGAAGCUGAAUAUGAACUGAGAGCUACAAACUCAGCAGGCACAGUGUCCUCAUAUGCAGAAUUGAUUGUUGAUAAAAUGGUUGAACUGAUUCCUGAGAAGAAGAAACCUAAAGUAGUUGAAGAAAGGAUUGAAAUGAGGAAAUCAAAACAAACUGAGGUUCAGAUGGAUAUUGGUAAAAUUCCUGAACCCGAAUUUAAAGAACAGAUAAUAGUUGAGGAUACAAAACAACAUGAAAUUGAACUUGUCUUUGAAAAACCAGAAGAACCUACCAGGGAAGAGGUCCUCAUUGAAGAGUUUACUGAGAGCCAAGUUGAAAUGAUCUUUGAAGUUCCAGAAGAACCUAAGCCAAAACCAGAAAAACUAGAAUUGGAAUUAGAUCUGAAAGAUAUGGAUGCUACUGUUGGUGAGAAAGUUACUUUAGAGUGUCACAUCACAGGUGUACCAAGGCCAUCAAUUAAAUGGCUGAAGGAUGGACAUCAAGUAACUGGUAAACGUUAUACAAGUAUAUGUGAGUUGGAUGGUAAAUGUAUGUUAAUAAUUGCACCUGUCAUAGAAGAUGAUAAUGCAGAGUUUGAAUGCCGCGCUGAAAAUGAAUAUGGUACUCUCUCUGCAUUUUGUGAAGUUCGAGUUCAAAAAACAGUAGAAAUUCCACCAGUAAAAGAACCUGAAAUUACCUCAAAAACACAUGUAAUGGAAUUUGUCGAGCCAGUGGAAGAGCACGUUGUUGAAACUGUAAAAACAGUAACUGAGUCUACAAAAACAGUUAUGGAAAGAGGACCAGACACAAUUGAGUUUGAGGUAGUGCCAGAUGUCAGGGAAUCAUUGGAGUUUGAAAUAAAACCACAGAAAAUUCCUACAGUGAAGAAACCUGAAAUUACCUCAAAAACACAUGCAAUAGAAUUUGUCGGGCCAGUGGAAGAAGAUGUUGUUGAAACUGUAAAAACAGUAACUGAGUCUACAAAAACAGUAAUGGAAAGGGGACCAGAAACGAUUGAGUUUGAGGUAGUGCCAGAUGUCAGGGAAUCAUUGGAGUUUGAAAUAAAACCACAGAAAAUUUCUACAGUGAAGAAACCUGAAAUUACCUCAAAAACACAUGCAAUGGAAUUUGUUGAGCCAGUGGAAGAAGAUGUUGUUGAAACAGUAAAAACAGUAACCGAGUCUACAAAAGCAUUUAUAGAAAGAGGACCAGAAACGGUGGAGUUUGAGGUAGUGCCAGAUGUCAGGGAAUCAUUGGAGUUUGAAAUAAAACCACAGCAAAUUCCUACAGUGAAGAAACCUGAAAUUACCUCAAAAACACUUGCAAUGGAAUUUGUCGAGCCAGUGAAAGAAGAUGUUGUUGAAACAAUAACAACAGUAACCGAGUCUACAAAAACAGUUAUAGAAAGAGGACCAGAAACAGUUGAGUUUGAGGUAGUGCCAGAUGUCAGGGAAUCAUUGGAGUUUGAAAUAAAACCACAGCAAAUUCCUACAGUGAAGAAACCCGAAAUUACCUCAAAAACACAUGCAAUGGAAUUUGUUGAGCCAGUGAAAGAAGAUGUUGUUGAAACAGUAACCGAGUCUACAAAAACAGUUAUAAAAAGAGGACCAGAAACAGUUGAGCUUGAGGUAGUGCCAGAUGUCAGGGAAUCAGUUGAGUUUGAGAUAAAACUAGAGGAGAAACCACAUGUCAUGGAGACUGUUGAGUUUGAGAUAAGACCCGAGGUUGAAAUUGAAAUUCCUAAAGCUGUUAAACCUGUUUUUAAAACUGAGGUUAAAGAUGUUGAAGUUACACAUGGACAAACAGCUACUUUAGAGUGUUGGAUUGCAGGUGUUCCACGGCCUACUAUUACAUGGUACAAAGAAGGGGAACAAGUGUCCGGUAAAAAAUACACUAGUAUUUGUGAACUUGAUGGCCGUUGUAUGCUAAUAAUAUCACCAGUAACAGAAGAUGAUGAUGCUGAAUUUGAAUGCAGAGCUGAAAAUGAAGCUGGUACUAUCUCAUCAUUCUGUGAACUGAUAGUGCAGAGAACAGUUGAAGUUCCUGAGAUAGCUGAAAAAGUUGUUCAGCUCAAAGAAGAGAAACCUGUCACUGAAACGAUGACUAAAACUAUUACAGUUUCUAAGGAAGGAACACCUGAGGUUAUGGAAAUAACAAAGACUAUCACAACUGUCACUACCACAACUAUUGAAAAACAGGUUACAACUGAAGUAAGAGAAGAAGAAGAACCAGAAAUAACAGAGCUAGAUCUUGGCCUGCCAAGGCAAGAUAUGCUCCAGACAUUCAUGGAAUCCUUACCAAUAGCAGAAACUCCAGAACUAGAAGCUCAAGAAUGGGAGGAAACAAUUGAUAUUUCAACAGACGAACUUGAAAAGGAAGUCUUGACAUCCAAACCAGAGCAUCAAGUGAAAGUGAUUUCAAAGAAGGAAGAGAUACAGCCUGUUGAAGAGGUGAUCAGAUUUGAAGUUGUUUCUGAUAAAGUAGAAACCAUUCCUAGUCUUGCAGCAGAGGCACGUUUUCCAUCUAUUCACGAGAAGGAAAUACCAAUGACUCUGGAAUCAGCAGGUGUUGUUUCGCAACAGACAGACAAGCCACAUGCUGUACAUCCAAUUCCUGCUGAGACAAAGCUGGAAUAUACACCAGAGCAAGAGACUAUCACUGCAACUGAACAUGCUGAACAGGUCUUGGCACAUACAGCAGAACCAGUGAGUGCCAAACCUAUUAAAGACACUUCUGUACCAAUGAAACAGGAAGAGACUGUUCCUUGGGAAAAGCCAGCUGAAAUACUGGUUAUUCCUAAAGAUACAGAAGUUGCAAAGGAAGCAAAAGUUAUUGCCCCAAUUGAGGUUAUUAAGACAGAAAUGGUCCAUGGUGUUGAAGAAGUUGUUGCAGCUGAAUUUACACCAGAAGAUGUUGAGACAGUGUUAGUACUACCAAUAGAAAAAAUGACUUGUGAAGGUGUUGAAAAAGUAGAAACACUGCGCCUUGAAGCACCUGGUCAUAUACUGCCAACUGAAGACAAACAUGAAACAUUGAAACCUUUACCAGCUGAACUAAAACUAACAUACACUCAUCAGCAACAAGAAGUAAUGACAGUUGAGGGGACAACCGAAGUACCUGCAGAGGAAGAAGCAAUAAGCAUAAAGCCGCAACGUGAAGCAACUGAACCAUUGACAAAACAAGAGGUACAACUGAUUGAAGAAAUUACCGAGCUUGAUUUACCUGAAAGGGUUAAACAAGAAAUUCCUGCUGUCCCAACACAAAAGUUAAUUAUAGAAGGUGUGGAGAAGUGUGUAACCAUUCAGUAUGAAUCUCCUGGGGAAAUCCAAAUUGUUGAUGAGAAAUCUGAGACAAUACACCCCAUUCCAGCUGAAGUAAAAUUAGAAUACUCACCAGAGCAGCAAUUUUCUCUGACAGUGGAAUCAACAGAGGACGUACCACGAAGAGAUAUUGAAGAAGUAAGCAUCAAACCCAUGAAAGAAGCAGCUCAGCCUUUGAAACAAGAAGAAGCUGUUCCAUGGGAACAAACCACUGAAAUACUUGUUAUAGGGAAGGACAAGAAAGAAGUUGCACUAGAGAAAAAGGAUGUGACUACUGUUGUUGUUUCUAACAAAGAGGAGAUUAGUUCAGUUGAAGAAGUCAUCGAGUUGAAAAAGCAGCCAAAAGAUACUGAUAAAAUACAAAGUACUCCUAUUGAAAAAGAUGUUAUAGAAGUUAUUUCCAAGGCAAAACCUGUUUCACUUGAGUCUCUUGGUGAUGUUCUGCCUCACAAAGACAAGCCAACGCACGUCAUGGCUAUACCAUCUGAUCUUUCUCUGGAAUAUACACCUGAAAUUGAAUUUCAGUUUGCUGUAGAAGAGGUUGAAGAAGUUGUUAGAACACCAGAUACAACUGUAACUGUGAAACCAUUAAAAGAGCCAGUGGAAACAAUCAAGAAAGAACAAAUUACCAUUCUUGAAGAAGCAGUUGAAAUGGAAUUGAAGCCCAGUAAGACGGAAACACUGCCAACUGUUCCUACUGAAAAAUCUGUAACUAUGAUAAUUCAGAAGGAACAACCAGUGUCUCUUGAAGUAGUUGGGGAUAUUUCAUUAUCUACAGGAGAGCCUGCCCAGUUAGUUGCCAUUCCUGCAGACAGAAAACUUGAAUAUACUACAGAGAAAGAGCAAGUUACACCAUUGGAAAUUACAGAAAAUGUUUUAACCGAGAAAAUGAAACCAAUCCAUGUCAAACCAGAAAUAGAACCAACUCAAAUUGUAAAACAGGAACAAACGACACCCUGGGAACAAUCAGCAGAAAUAUUUGUAAUAUCUAAAGAUAAAGAAGACACAGCUGCUAAAGAAAGUGUGUUUACACCAGUGGGAGUUACAAAAACAGAAGUGAUCAACACUGUUGAAGAAGUUGCUUAUAUGGAUAUCAAGCCUAUUGAAGAAGAAAAUAUUCCAGUCUCACCUUUACAGAAACGUGUUACUGAAGUCUCAGAACACGUAGUUGCUGUUCCAUUGGAAACUCCCGGAGAGAUUAAGCCUUCUGAUGUCAAAACAGAACAUAUUAGCCCACUGCCUGCUGAACUGAAACUGGAAUAUAUUUCAGAAAAGGAAGAAGUUGUUUCUGUGGAAAGAACUGAAUAUGUAAAUGUAGAACAAAAAGAUACAGUUACUAUCAAACCUAAGAGAGAACCUACAGUGCCUCUCAAGCAGGAAGAAGCUGUUUCUUGGGAGGAAUCUCCUGAAAUGAAAGAAACUAUGAAAGAUGAUAAACAUGUCAUUGAAAAAACAAGAUCUAUGACAAGCACCAUUGAAGUAACACAAAAGGAACAAGUUCAGCCUGUUGAGGAAGCCAUUGAGGUCACUUUGAAACUUCAUGAGAAAGAAAGUGCUGAUCUUGUUCCAACUGAGUUGUCAAAAUCUGAAAUCAUACAGAAAGAACAAAUUAUAUCAUUUGAAGUGCCAGGUGAAAUACAACCAACAGAACCGAAACAACAUAAAUUGACGCCACUACCAUCUGAGCUAAAACUAGAAUAUACACCUGAAACACAGUCAGUUGUUCCAGUUGAACAUGCUGAAGAGGUUGACAAAAGAAUAUCAAUAGAGGCAGCUGACAGAGAAAUAGUUGGAACAACUGUAACUAUAACUGAACAAGAAGAGCAUAUUUCAUGGGAGAAACCUAGAGAUGUUACAGUGGAGAAAUAUGAAAAAGAAAUUAUUGAGGAAACUUCAAUUGCUCCUUUGAAGAUCUCAACAGCUGAAGAGGCAGUAUCUUGGGAAAAACUUGGAGUAUCAGAGAAAGUCAUAGCUGAAGCAUCUAAAGCUGAAACAAAACCAGCAAGUGCUCUUUCAAUGGUUGAGAUGACAGAAUCCCUCACAUGGGAAGAACCAGCUGAAGUUGAAGUUAAACUACUCAAAACAGAGGAAGCUGUUAAAGAAAUUCCUAUUGCUGUGACUAUAGUACCUGAAAAAGAAGAAUCAGUUUCAUGGGAAAAACUUGCUGAUGUUCCAGAUGGUGUAACAGAACCUAAGAAAGCAGAAAAAUGUCUGCAAAAGAGGAAGCGCUGA